AUGCCAGCCGAUCAAUCCGUUAUACGGAUAACAAAGUUCACCAUCAAGAUCGGCAGCGAAUAUCCAGACAAGAGUCCUGAAGUCCUGUGCGCCACAACAAACUCCGGUCGGACACGAUUCAACCCGAACAUCUACUCAAGCGGCAGAGUAUGCCUGUCAAUCCUGGGUACAUGGCGCGGUAACAACAACGAGCAGUGGUCGCCCGCUCAAGGACUCGAGUCGCUUCUAUUGUCGAUACAGAGUCUGCUGUCCAGCAAUCCAUACGAAAAUGAGCCCGGGUUUGAAAACACCAGCUCCGAAUCCGACAAGAGGGCUCAAAAACAAUACACACAAAAGAUCCGACAUGAGACUCUCCGCGUGACUGUCAUACAGCGUCUCGAAGAUUACCUGUUGCUGAAGCCAAACGGCACGAAAAAGCCAGUUGUACCAGAGUAUCCAGACCCUGCCGACGCGGCAGAGGCUGUGCCUCCGUUUGAGCCUUUUAAAGAUCUCUGCAAAAGACGCUUUUUAUGGUACUACGAAUCCUACCUGGCCGCCACGAGAGAAGGCCAGUCCGAGACCAAAGAUGGCGAAGCAUUUGUGACCAUGCCGUUCGAGUCGACGGGCCAGAAUUCUAUGGAUGGCAAGUUCAAUUAUGGUCAGCUAGAGAACCGACUACAGAACAUCAAGAAAGCACUAGACGAGGAGACUGCUAGUUGGGCGGACGAGGGAGUACAGUCUGCACGCAACGAGACAACAGUAUCGGUCAACCUGCGGCAUCAGUAUGAGCAAGUCGUGGCGCACAUGCAUAAGAGCAAGCUUGCCCACCACAUCAACCUGGAGGGCGGCAAUCCCUUUGUGUGGUUUAUCACGUAUUUCGGACCGGCCUUCACCAACUUUGACGGCGGGCUCCUCCGGAUCAGGCUGAACCUCAGCCCGCGUUUCCCGACCGAACAGCCGCGGGUCAAGUGUGAGACGAAGCUCUUUCAUCACCUGAUUGCCCCCGAUGGCACGGUGUGCUACACGCCGAACUCGGAUAGAUUGGAAGAUGUGCGGUCACAUAUUGACGCCAUUUUCUCGGUGUUUGAGGGGGGCGAGCCAAUCUAUGAUCCGCGCAAGUUUGUCAACCCAGAAGCUGUCCAGCUCUACUGGGAAGGUGGCGAAGCAGGGAAAAAGAUGUACAACCGCCGCCUGAGAAGAACAGUACAGCAGAGCAUGGAAGAUUUUCCGGAAUAG